AUGUCGAAUGUUGCGGACUGGCUUGACGCGGCGGACAAGCACGUCCCUACGCUGAGCGUCAACGCACGGCGCAAGUUCUUCCAUGCGUUGGCCGUGCUGAUGUUCCUCCCUGGCAUAGUGAUUGAUCCAGCGUUCACGCACUUGGCAUUCAGUGCGGCCUUUGCGCUGUUCGUCUUUGCCGAGUACGUACGAUAUUUCGCGCUCUAUCCGUUCGGUGCGUCGGUGCAUCUCUUCAUGAACGAGUUUCUCGAUCAGAAGGACAGUGGUACGGCCAUCCUCAGCCACUUCUACCUCCUGAUCGGAUGCGCGGGCACGGUAUGGUUUGAAGGUCAGGCUUCGAUCGCCGGCAAGCGGCUGGGGCGGCAUCGGUGGCUGGCCACGAGCCCGAAAACGUUGGAGGGGAGUGCUGCGUUUGUGGUUUCCAUUGUUGCGUGCGCAUGGCUGCUGCGCCUGUGCGGGCUCUCGGAGCAUUUCUCGGUAUCGCGGUACGCGGUGGUGGCGGGGCUGUCGGCCGCGCUGGAGGCGUUCUCGGUGCAGAACGACAAUGUAAUGCUGCCCCUGUAUAUGUGGAGCAUGCUUGUAUUUGCGGAUGUCGCCCGCCGCGCAGACCCUCGACCGCCUCCUCUGCGGAGGAGCGAGGCAUUCGACAUGCUGCAAACACCGUUUGAUCCUUCACCAGCAGAGGAUCCGCUCUCCACGACUCAAUUGGCACACGAAAAACGCGACCAAGAGGGAGAAUAUGAUUGGGCGACGUUUAUCAGUGCCUAUGCCAUGGGUCGCUGGGAUCCUCUGCGAACUCCUAACCCGCCACGAUCGCAUUUGAACGCGCCAACUCACUCAAGAGCAACACGCUCGGACUCUGCGGCAUCCAUGAAACGUCUGAACGUCCCGUUCAGCUUGGGAGGGUUCUCGCACCGACUACGGAGCUCUUUCACGGACCUACGCUCGUCUGUCUCAGGAUCCUCCUAUGCAUCAUCAGCAUCUACCGAAAGCUUGAAAGAGCUUGGUAUUCCAGCCACAGAUGCUACAACAGCGGCAGCUGCGAUGCGGUGGGCAGGAGCGCGUGUCUCUGUGGCGCCCCUGGCGCUUCCGUCGCCCGAGCACGAAUUGACCGACCCCAUGCGAGGCGUAACCGCUACCAUCCCUGGCUCGCAUCCUCCAGAUGGCCCGUACCUUACCCGUCCUGCGAACUCUCCUCUGUACUCUCCCGGAACCUUGCGCAAGUCGCGACUCAGCAGCUUUUGGCAGGGCACGCAGGAUGUCGAGGAUGGACGGCUACCUACGAUCAAGCAAAGCCCACCAGACUCAAGCGAGCCGCACGCGCAGGCGGGCGAGCCAUCGUUCCCGACGAACGUCAUCCUGGACCAUCACCCGGAACGGCAAGUCUCGGCGCCGCCGUUCGACGCCGACCCCCAGACCGUGCCCGCGCUCCCGAGGAGGAUAUGUCUCACGCGCCAGACUUCUGCGCCACUACCGACGCAGUCGCUGUAUGAGCGCCGCAUGCGCUCGAUGCGGCCGGCCUCGGAGAGCUACGUGAGCAACCUGACGGGGAGGGCAGCGAAGGAGGAGCAGAUGUAUUCGGAGCUGGGAUACCUUGCGCCACCGAACCCGACCGACGAGCUUGAACGCCGGAGAGCGCUCUACAAGUUCAACAUCUGGGGCACCGGGCGCGAUUUGAACCUCGACCGGAUCGUGCAUCUCGUCAAGCUCGUGUUCAGCACGAAGAUCGUCACGAUCUCGUUGGUGGACGGCAUGGAGGAAUCACCACUGGUCACUGGGGACACGCAUGUUCGCUUCUACGCUGGCUGUCCACUACGCACGCAAGAAGGGUUCAAUAUCGGGACGCUGUCGAUCAUCGAUGAUACUCCGCGGCGCGAAUUUAGUCCCCGGCAAAGGCACACGCUCAAAGAAUUCUCGCAAGUGGCUAUGCGGGAAUUGGAGCUGUGGAAAGAUAAGAUCCAGCUUCGCAUUCGUGAUCGUAUCCAGAACUCCAUGGAGCAAUUCACGCGAGAUUGCCUCGACCUCGACAAGGAGGUCGAGAGCGACAAGGGCAUGUUCGCCGGUACGUCAAUGGAGCAGGUUUACCUGCGCGCCGCGCGGCUGGUCAAGCGGACACUUGACGUCGAAGGCGCCGUCGUGCUUGAUGUGUCUCAUGUCGACGUUGUGGAGACCGUGGGCGCCGAGAGCGCCAUGGCCGUCACGGUGCAUAACGCUGACCGACAAGCCGGCAGCGUGACGGUAAACAAGUCGCUUAGCAAGGAGGAGUACUCGCGCUUGCAGGAGUUCUUCACGAAAAAUCCGGAGGGAAAGAUAUGUGAGGGCAUUGUGCCGGCGACACUCAGGCCAUUCUUGCCGCAGCGCAUACAGUAUGCACUUGGUGUCAUCAUCCUUUCAGCGGUCUUGAAGCGGAGGAUGAUCCUAGCCGACAAAGCGAAGAGCCUCUUCAUCUCCAACAUAUCGCAUGAACUGCGAACCCCGCUGCAUGGUAUCCUGGCAUCGGCGGAGUUGCUGUCGGACACGCCACUGGACCACAGCCAGGCGUCCUUCCUGCAGACCGUUCAGGCGUGUGGAACAUCACUGGUCGAGACCGUGAACCAUGUGUUAGACUUCACGAAGCUGAGCGGCAACUCGAAGGCCGGAGGCGUGGAACACACCAUUCACCACAGCCGAGUCGACCUGAUGCAGCUCGUCGAGGAGGCCACGGAAGGGUGCUGGAUCGGGCAUCGGGCGAGGAUGUUCACGUCCGAAAUCGGAAGUGUCUACUCGCCUCCCAAGGCCGACGGUUCGGUUGCGCUCUCGGACCCGCGUCCACAUCAUGUCGAGACCGUUAUCGACAUUGGUCAUAGCAAAACUGGGUGGACCUUCCUUUGCGAGAAGGGUGGCAUUCGUCGAGUCUUGAUGAACGUCUUCGGGAACAGUCUGAAGUUUACGACUGAUGGCUAUGUGCAUGUCAUGCUCCGCCAACUACCAUCCGGCGAUGACACUCCUAGGAACAAGGUCAAAAUAGAGCUUUCAGUCAUAGACACCGGCAAGGGUAUCAGCCAAAACUUCUUAAAGAACCAACUAUUCCACCCGUUUUCUCAAGAAAAUCCUUUGCAGACAGGCACGGGUCUGGGACUGGCCAUUGUCAACAGCAUUAUCCGUUCGAAGAGCGUGGACGGCAAAGUGGAUGUCUGGAGCGCCGAGGGCGUUGGGACCGAGAUCAAAAUCACCUUCGCCGCCGACGUGGUCGAAGAUGAAAAUGUCCCGGCAGCAGAUGAAGAGCUGAUCAAGGUGUACAAGUCCCUCAACCGACCCCUUGUGUCCCUCCUCGGAUUUUCGGACUCACACCGUGGUAUCCAACUCUUGCGCAAUGUCACCACAUCCUAUCUCUCGUCGCGAUGGGGCCUCGACGUGGCUGAAGAUGGGGAACCUGGCCAGAUAAUCAUUGUGAACGAGGUUCUGGAGCCGAUCACCCAGGCCAUCGAGAACAAGGAUGGGACCCGGCCAUUCAUCAUUCUUUCAUCGCUGCGAGGCGAUCCGCGGCUGAUGAACAUGGUCGGAGAGUACGAGCGUAUUGGAGGCUUCUGCAGGAUCGUGUAUAAGCCGGUCGGCCCUGUGCGAUUGCAUGCUGCGCUGAAGCUGUGCUUGCAAGUAUUGAGAUUUGGCCAAGGCAUCAAGAAAAAGCCUACGCUGCAAGUCCGAGCAGGCUCGCCUCAGCCGGUCAGCCCAGCCGCGCUCUCGGACGACGCUGUCUACUCAAGCUUGCCCCGCCGCUUUUCCGAUGAGGUGACCCCGCAGAUGCAGACGACAAGACCGCCUUUGGGUCAGCGCGCCGCCACCGCUCAUCCUUCAGCUACUUGGACACACAUGAUGACAUUCCCUCCAGAGGAAAUGGAUGGGACCGAGCCCGAACCCCCUGAAUCGGCGCCAUCGUCGCCGAGGUCGGCUAGUCCCGUUGUCAACAUUGGAACCGGUGGAACACUGCUCAAGUCAUCUGUUGGCUCCCUCGGUAUCCGGAGUACCAUGCGUGUCUUGGUAAUUGAAGACAACAGCAUACUGCGGAACUUACUUAUAAAGUGGCUGAGCAACAAGGGUUAUGGAUAUCGUGAGGCCGUUGACGGCCAGGAGGGUGUCCGAAUAUUUGAAACCGAUGGGCAUUUCGACGUGAUCUCUAUUUUGUUAGGCGUCAGCGCUACGAUACAGAUGCGAUCGAUCGAGACUACGCGAAUGCUCGCCAACCCGUCAUCAGACGCUUCUGACGAGAACGUAAAUGCAGCCCGAAUACUGGCGCUCACUGGAAUGUCGUCCCUGGAAGACAAACGCCGUGCCUUCGAGGCUGGCGUGGAUGGAUACAUGGUCAAGCCGGUUGCAUUCAAAACCUUGGACACCAUGUUCCAAAAGUUGGGCAUCGUCCCAUGA